GCCGCAGCCUCUUCUCCCUCACUUCUCUCACCAAUCUCUCCUCUCUCUUCUCUCUUCUCUCUCUCUCUCUCUCCCUCUACCUCCCUCCCUCCCUCCUUCUCCCUCAUCCCUCUCUCAUUUUUAAGCCUCCAGAUACAAAUCUUUCAUCUAUAAACAUAUAAAAGACGCGCCUUUUCGAACUUUUGGCGCUCCACCCGCCCGUUUUCUUCCCUUGAUUCUGCUCGGAUCUGUCCCCUCUGAGCCGAUCCCAACGGUCAAAACCCCGGGUUUCGAAGAAAAGGUGGACAGGGUUUCUGUGUUGGAUUGUGUGGAGAUUUGGAGGGACGAGUCAUGGCGGAUCAGGCCUUGGAGGGAAGCCAACCGGUUGAUCUGUCCAAGCAUCCUUCAGGAAUCGUUCCCACUCUUCAGAACAUAGUCUCAACAGUGAAUUUGGACUGCAAAUUGGAUCUUAAGGCCAUUGCUUUGCAAGCUAGAAAUGCUGAGUAUAAUCCCAAGCGUUUUGCUGCUGUAAUUAUGAGAAUAAGGGAGCCAAAGACAACGGCAUUGAUAUUUGCUUCAGGGAAAAUGGUUUGUACUGGAGCCAAGAGUGAACAACAAUCAAAGUUAGCAGCGCGGAAGUAUGCUCGAAUCAUUCAGAAACUUGGAUUCCCGGCUAAAUUUAAGGAUUUCAAAAUUCAAAAUAUUGUGGGUUCUUGUGAUGUGAAAUUCCCCAUCAGGCUUGAAGGUCUUGCAUAUUCACAUGGUGCUUUCUCAAGUUAUGAACCAGAGCUGUUCCCUGGAUUGAUAUAUCGGAUGAAACAGCCAAUCGUGCUGCUAAUCUUUGUGUCAGGAAAAUUGUCCUCACUGGGGCAAAGGUGCGAGAUGAGACGUACACUGCCUUUGAGAACAUAUACCCUGUGCUCACUGAGUUCAGGAAAAUCCAGCAAUGAUAUCUGAUGUCGAGAUCAGAUUGACGUAAUUCGAGCAGUCGUGGGGGGGUGGUAAAGCUUGGCAUCGAUGGCGGAGACUGGAUUCAGUUGUAAAUAUUGGAGGAUAACUCCACUCGAGGCCCUUUCCGAUUUAAGAUAAAUUAAGGGAGAGCAAGAAAGACUAGUUGUUAUGUGCAAGUAUCUUGAAAGAAAAUAGUAUUGUUUUGUUUGCUGGCA